CGAACAAAAACCAAAGUAAAUAUCGUGGAUAAAUAAGGAUGUAGAAUUUUUUCAAUUUCUGUUUUUGUGAAAGUAAAACAUGACGGUGAGCUACACGAGCCAAGUGAUAACUUGCUCGGGAGUUGGUGGAAGCUUCUUGAAACUUUUGGGAAGAUGGAAAGGUAGUGUUUACAAGAUAGUGUGGUCAGAACUGAUUUUGUACCUUUUUAUAUACUACUGUCUUAAUUUAUCCUACAAUUAUGCGAUGGAUGCUAGAGCAAAAUCUUAUUUCGAAGAAAUAGUACAAUAUUUCAGCCAGUAUGGGUCACUUAUACCUGUGAGUUUCGUACUGGGAUUCUACAUAGAUGUAGUUAUGGAAAGAUGGUGGGAUCAAUAUAGUUCCAUACCUUUUCCUGACAAUUUAGCAAUAAUAGUUGGAGCAAGCAUUCAGGGUCAAGAUGUGAAAUCAAGAGCUGUCAAACGAACUAUAGUCAGAUAUGCCUGUACUACAUUCACCAUAACCUCCACUAUGAUUUCCUCAAAAGUUAAAAAGCGGUUCCCUACACUGGAUCACUUGAUUGAAGCUGGACUCAUUAACAAGGAAGAGAAGAAAAUAAUAGAAGAACUGGAUAAUGAAUAUACUCAUACCAAAUACUGGUUGCCGUUAGCUUGGGCUUCAAAUAUAGUUAUCAGAGCAAGGCAAGAAGGCCUUAUAAGAGACGAUGAAUGCGUUGAAAAAAUUUUGGACGCGCUCAACGAUUUUAGGGACAAAUGCGCCAGACUCCUCGACUACGAUUGGAUCAGCGUUCCAUUGGUUUAUACUCAGGUUGUUACGAUAGCCGUGUAUUCCUACUUUCUCAUCUCUGUGAUUGGAAAUCAGCACAUAAAUGGUAAAAAUGAGAAUAUAAUAAGUUCCUAUUUUCCCCUACUGCCAGUGAUGGAAUUCUUCUUCUACAUGGGAUGGCUGAAAGUUGCAGAGACUCUGGUGAAUCCUUUUGGGGAUGACGACGACGACUUUGAGAUCAUGUGGAUGGUAGAUCGACACAUACAAGUGGUUUUCCUCUUAGUAGACAAAAUACCGCAGAAGAUACCCAAGCUUACCAAAGAUCGUUUUUGGAACGAUUCCGUUCCUGUUUCCUUGCCAUUCACUAAGGCAUCGGCAGAUUCUAGGAGAAAAGGAUGUCCCAUACCAUCAACGGAAAACAUCAAACUAUCAGAGCUUGAUAGGGAAAUUGUAGUACCGCAGCAUCCUGAGAUCAAUACCUACGAAAGCGGAGGACGAUUGAUGCAUAAAGCCGAAGGUGAAGAAAUGAGGAACAUUCCAUUUAUGCUGAAGAGUGUUACGAUUGGAGAUAAUCCAGAUUCAGAUGAGAUUGAUGAGAACAUUGAGCACAAUGAUGACGUUAUCCUGAAGAAACCACCUCCAUGCGAAGUGUUUGAAGAUUUGAGGAGGAGGAGACAAGAAGAACGCACACAAAAAUUGAACCAUUAUCUCAGUAUCCUAGCUAAUGGUUCCUCACAAACAGAACGCUAAAAAAUGUUCAAUAGUAUCACGUUCCUCUCGGUAAAAGAGAUUAUUGUUGUGCAUUUUCGUUUCUUUGUUUUCAUAAAAAGUAUCUACAAAGAUCUUACAGAGUUAGUGAUAAAUUUUUCAAAUAUU